UGUUCAUGACGUAGUGUAAAGGCCAAUUUUAUAUGAAAUUGGACGGACUUUUCCACGGAAACCGGCGUUUUAGUGCAUAGUUCACGGUAUUUAGAGUUCGCCUGAAUAGUGGGUAACUGAAUUGGCGUUAUUAAAUAUUAAGAAGAGUAGGUUUAAAACGCUGCCCUCGUUAUCAAUGCAAAUACCUCUUUUGUGUUUUGUCGUAGCGAGUCCGGACUGCAAGCUGUGAGAUGAAUGUUUAAUUUUUCGUCUCUCCACGAACAUUGACAGAAAAGGGGAAGUAAAACCUAUAAAACUGACAAGUCCUCGUAUGUUGGAGUAGGAUCUGGGUGUUGCCGGUGGCCAUGGACCAAGAGGGGCUCUCGUCCGGUGAUGCUCCCCUCACCGUUAAUGAACAGGUGAUUGUGAUGCCUGGCCAGGAGACAAUCCGUGUGCUGGAGGUGGAGGUGGACGCAUCCCUUCCCGCUUUGGGUUCCAUUGGGAACCCUGAGCCGCAGGGUGAAGACAGCCCCCGAGCAGAGCCUGCUGAAGGGAGCGAUCAGGACACAAACCCAACAAACCCAAGUAGCACCAGGAUUGCAGAAGCGGCUGUGGAGGUGCUGGCCCCAGUGGUGCAGAUGGUGGCCUCUUCAGCCCCAAACAGCAUGGCUCUGUCCCAAUCCCAAUCACCAGUGCCCAUUACAGUGCAGGCCAGCCCACAGAUUCUGACGCCGGACGCCCUGACGGCGCUGAUUUCGGGGCUGGUGGCCCCGCCCGGGUCUGUGGGACAGCCGCUCCUCAUCCCCCUCAGCGUGGCGGGGUCCGUCGGCGGCCAGGGGGGGCUGGCUGUGUUCACCUUCCCGACGGCCUCCGUCGCGGCCUUCUCGGGCCUCACUGCGGCGACCCCGCCGGGGAGCGUCCUGAAGCUGCCCUUCGGUGGCCUGCAGGCUGCUACUCUGCUGAACACAGUCCAGCCCCAGCUCCACACAGCUUCGCAGACGGUUGUCCAGCCCCAGCUCCACACAGCUGCGCAGACGGUUUUCCAGCCUCAGCUCCACACAGCUGCACAGACUAUCCUACAGCCACAGAUGGUGCAGACGGCUGCGCAGACUGUCCUACAGCCGCAGAUGGUGCAGACGGCUGCGCAGACUAUCCUACAGCCGCAGAUGGUGCAGACGGCUGCGCAGACUGUCCUACAGCCACAAAUGGUGCAGACGGCUGCACAGACUGUCCUACAGCCGCAGAUGGUGCAGGCGGCUGUGCAGACUGUCCUACAGCCGCAGAUGGUACAGACGGCUGCGCAGACACCAGCUGCCUCGGCUGCUUCAGCUGUAGACAGGGCCCCGGAACCGAAUUCAUCUGUGGCAACGCUGCAGACAGCAGGGCUGUCCUUCAACCCUGCCAUUUUCAGCGUGGCGCCUCUGGGGGAGCAGCCCCAGUUCAUCAGCUCGCUGACGACCACGCCCAUCUUCACCAGCACCGUCUCCGGCGUGGCGGGGCUGGCCAGCCAGAUCAUCACUAAUGCGCAGGGCCAGGUGAUCGGCGCUUUUCCCCUUCUGGUGAACCCCCUCUCCCUGACGGGCGGCCCGGCUGCCGCGCCCACCCCGCCCGCCCCGGGUCUGCAGGUCCAAAAUGUCACCCCCCAGCUGGUCCUGAAUGCCCAGGGUCAGAUAAUCAGCAUCGGUAAUGGAGUGGCCACCACGAUGGCCUCUGCCUUCCCCAAGCCCACCGUGCCAGCAGCACCUGCUAAGUCCCACGCUCAGGGUCCGGGGGUGGCGGGGUUGGCGGGGGUGGCGGUGACCCAGUCCGCCGUGGUCAUUGCCCCUCAGCCCUCUGCUGUGAAGACGGUCUCGUGCCUGUCCUCCCCUGUCUCUCUCAACCUAGUGGACUCUCCCACUGUGGGCCAGCUUGUCAGCAAACCCCAACAUGCAGCCACUGAAGAGGAUGGUAUUAACCUAGAGGAAAUACGAGAAUUUGCCAAGGGAUUCAAGAUCCGCAGGCUUUCCCUGGGACUGACACAGACACAAGUAGGCCAGGCGCUCACUGCCACACAGGGUCCCGCUUACAGCCAGUCUGCCAUCUGCAGGUUCGAGAAGCUGGACAUCACGCCCAAGAGCGCGCAGAAGCUGAAGCCGGUCCUGGAGAGGUGGCUGGUGGAGGCGGAGCUGUGGAACCAGAAGGGACAGCAGAACCUGAUGGAGUUUGUGGGCGGGGAGCCGUCCAAAAAGCGCAAGAGGCGCACCAGCUUCACCCCGCAGGCCAUCGAGGCGCUCAACGCCUGCUUCGAGAAGAACGCCCUGCCCACGGGUCAGGAGAUCACCGAGAUCGCCAAGGAGCUCAGCUACGACCGCGAGGUGGUCCGCGUCUGGUUCUGCAACCGGCGCCAGACGCUGAAGAACACCAGCAAGCUGAACGUCUUUACGGUGCAGUGAUCGGACCCGGUUCGAGUACUUAUUUUUAAAUACUCUGAGCCUUUUGACACUGUUAAAGUUCUUGCACAUUUCUGCAAAUUUUAAAGGAAACAUCUGUCUUCAGUUAAAAACAUUCUACUUUCAUAUGAUUGGACGUUUUGUUAAGACACAUGUACCAUUGGAAAUUCUUGGGGGUCUGCAAGUGUUUUGUCACAUUAUAUAGGCAUCUAGUUGAUUUUGUUCAUGAGGCUGGUUAAAUGAAGGAAUUGUGCAGUCAGUCCUCUGUAGUAAAGUAACUGUAAGCACCAGGGAGUGGAACUGCUCUAGCCCUUUCUGCUCUAGAUUUGUUUGACAUUUUCAAAUGCUGUUCUGUCUCUAGUAAUUAUCCCUCCCUUAAUGGAUCAUGGGACUGUGAACCUCCAGUAAACACUUCUGAUUCCAGUUGCACAGUGUGUACAUCACAUUGGACAAUCACACGUUAAAGAUGUAUUCGGUGUAAGGUGUGGUCUGCUGCAAGGCCUGGUGUUCCACAGGGAAGUUGUUGAUUAAAUAUCCAUUUUAAUCAUCCAUAUAAAUUAUCCAUGCUGAUCAAGGGUCCAUUAAAUAUGAACAAAUAAGGCCUGGAGAAGAUGUCAUAAUCUCCAUGCGUUCUACAUCUUCAUGUAGAAAAAUGCUGAAUGUGUUGGCUGACAUGCAUCCUCCAAAGCUGCUCAAAGUAUAGUAUUCUGGGGGAGAAAGAAAAUCUGAGGCAUGGUCCCAUAUAUUUAGCGCCCACUGUCACAGUGACAGAACUGGUUUCUCCUCUUUUGCGGUGGCUUGAGUAGAGUGAAUGAAGCAAUACAGACUAGUGGCCAGUGUACCGUGUAAAUGUCCUACAGAAUCGUGCCAAUGAAAACACGACUUCAAAGGAUUAAGGGGGUGUGACAUUGUAAACAUUGUGUACAAGAUAUACUUGUAGCUUUUCCCUUUAAAUUAAUUGUGUGAAAGGACUUUUUGAAAAAAGCAAUUAUUGUGUUAUUUUCAUUUUUGCAUGCUCGUUUACUAAUUCUGUGUCCUCUAGGUUCUCCUUUGACCCAAAAUAAGUUUUGGCCAUGGGGACACAAGAAUUAGGAAUGGCAAAAAAUAUGUUGUUUAGGUUCAGGAGCAGGUGUAAAAAAGAGGUGUUCAAAUGUCU